CUCGGCGCUGUGCUGUGCAGAACGUGUCGCUCGGCCGGCGGACCCGCACCGACUCCAACCCUGCGCUUUCGGCACCUGCUCAGGUUCAGGAGGAUGCCGGCGCCGCGUCAGUAGCGCGCCGCACUCGCCCCGACAUGGACGCCGCUCACCAGGACAACAACAACACGUGCAAGUCGCAGGUGCCCAGGCACACGAUCGACGCCAUUCUGGGCCUCACCCACGGACACCACGGCCCUGGCAGCCCGGCGCACAGGGCCCAAAUGGCCCCGGUCAGCUUCACCCUGCACCAACUGGUCGCCACCUCGACUGCAAACGCCCUGCUCGCCCCCUACACCGGGGGAGUCAUGGUCAGGAGGGACCUCGGCCACGAGUCCAGUGGCGAAACGAGCAACUCUGAGGAUGGCGGAGGACGUCUGCACGGCGACCAAAACAUGCGCAGCAGCGACGAAGAGGACGACGAGAGCAGAGCGACGAGUCCCGCCUCGGGCAGAGCGGGCACACCGGGGGCCGGGGGCUCGCUGCCUGGGGGACCGGCGUCGCCGGAAAACGGCGAGCCGAAGAAGAAACACCGCCGCAACCGCACCACCUUCACCACCUACCAGCUGCACGAGUUGGAAAGGGCGUUCGAGAAGUCGCACUACCCGGACGUCUACAGCAGAGAGGAGCUAGCCAUGAAGGUCAACCUGCCCGAAGUUAGAGUUCAGGUGUGGUUUCAAAACAGACGGGCAAAGUGGAGGCGGCAGGAGAAGAUGGAGGCGGCGCGUCUGGGGCUGAGCGAGUACCCGAUCGGCACGAUCGGCCGUCCCGGCUCGACGUCGAGCGGGCACAUGUCGGCCGCGCACCUCGGCGGGGCGUCCGGGCUGGCGCUGCCGCUGGACCCGUGGCUGUCGCCGCCGCUGCUCAACUCGCCGCUGUCGCACCUGCCCGGCUUCCUGUCGCACCCGCAGACUGGCUACACCUCGUACCUGACGCCGCCCGCCUCGGCGCCGCACAACAUCUCGUCACUGGUGGCGGCCGCCACCAUCGCGGCGGCCGCGGCCGCCUCGGCCGAGAGCAAGGAAGCGGCGGCCGCCGCGGCCCGCGAGGAGGAGCUCUCCUCCUCGGACCCCAGGUCCUCGAGCAUCGCGGCCCUCAGGCUCAAGGCCAAGGAGCACGUCGAGUCGCUCACCAAAGGACUCCAGAUGGUCUAGUGCGUGCGUGUGGCAAGGACUCGCGGAAAACGGACGCUUCAGUGUGCAGAUCUCAAUAUUUAUUGAAUAUAGUGUAAAAAUGAUGAUGUGUAAUUUGAAUGUUUACUUAAAAAGCUUGACCCGUCUUGAAAGGACAAUCUCCGUGUGCCGCGUUUUUCGGAACACCCUGUCAAAUAUUCAUUCAAUCUUGUCGUAUUUUUAUUAUUUGUUCUAAAACAAGUCUGGAAGAGUGGAACUGCAGGGAUGUGCAAUCAACUGAGUCUGUAUCGAUUAUUUUUCUUUAUGCCUAAGGAUCGUGACUUUCAAAGAAAAAUCAUUUAAUUUUUUUUGCAUAUACAUGUUAUCAGUUUUCAAUUAGUCCCGCAAGAAUGGCAACUUGCUGCGCCUCUUUUUAAAAUUGGUGCGAGUGAUACUCUUGAUUUAAAUGGAUGUAAUUUUUGGUCAAGGCAAUUUUAAAAAAUAAAUUUAAUGCUGACUUUGUCAAAAUUCUAGAUGACUACAAAAAUUCCCAAGAUGUUGUAGAGUCAAAAUGGUUUUCUAGUAGACCUUGCAUUUCUUGUGUACAUGUUUUUUUCGUAAAGGAACAUGAGUAUAAAGAAAACGUUUAAAAUUUGAUCAAGAGUAAGGAAUUGUUUUUUUUUCUAAAAAAAAAUAUGCACAUCCCUUUAAAUUUUUGUAUUUUCCAAGAAUUUUCAUCCCUCAAAAAACUUACAAUUUGAGACUAGAAAAAAUCAUUCGAAUUUAAAUCCAGAAAUUUCCAAUCAUUGGCUUUUGUGUUUUGUAAAAUGUAUCAAAUUUACGGAAAACUCCAUGUCAUUAGGUGUAUAAUUGUAGGAAAGUCGAAGGCAAAAGUUAUCUGAUUGUGGAUGAAUUUUUCUCUCAGUUGCGUGAUUCAUGUCCACAUAGUCUACCUUAUGUAACAUAUAUCUUGAAAGGAAAAAAAAUUCAUGUGUAUAAAUUCACUAAUAUGGAUAUUAAAUAAAGUCUACCACAUACAUAUAUUGA